AAGUCUAAAAUAUCUCUAAUUUUUUCUUUAUUUUCUUUAAAGAAAAUCAAGAAAAGGGUACCCUUUGAGUGAUCACAUACAUACAUUGAGUUGUGUCUCACUUUUUACAUUCCUAAGCUACCCAUUUCUUGAUUCUUUAAUUCUUUUGGUCUUUUGUGAAGUCUUUUUAUAUGGAUUUGAAGCUGUGAACAAGGGCUCUACUGUUUGUUGAUGAGCAAGAAGAUUAGGUAGUGAUUCUUGAAAUCUUUGCUUUAAUUAUAUGCUUUCUUUAAUGUUUUCAAGUGAUGCUAAUUGUUUUUAGGAGAUGGAUAGAUAGAUGUAUGUAUAGAUGUAGAUAUGCUUUAAUCAAGAGGUUGAUAUGGGUUGCCUCAGAUCCAGGGAACUUGAAAUUAUUGUAAAAAAGUGAACUUUAUGUGUUGUUAAUCUGUGGUUUUCUUGUGAUUCUUGGGACUUUAGGUUGCUUUUCCUAGGUUCUUUCUCAUGAACUAGCUCACUUUUGUGUCUUUCUUGCAAAUACAGAAAAAGGGUUGGAGUUUAAGGCACUUUUUAGAGUGUAAUGGUUGUGAUUUUAUUGAAUUUUGUGGAUUUAUAGCUCUUCGUUUCACUGUAGUUGAUAGUGGUAGAUAAAGAAGAGUCCAGAGGAGUUUGACCUGUCGAAGUGUGGUUAGUUUUUUCUACAAAUGGAAGUAGGUAUACAUAUUUGUUUACCAGAUCUGACUAAUCAUUUCCAUUUCGAGGACUAGUAAAGAGACGGGGCAACAAACUUCAUUUACUUAUAGUUGUGUUGAGCUCGAACAUGUUCUGUUCUCAACUACUGUCAUGUGUCGAGACUGUUCUGGGUGUUAGUAGAAGGUGAUGAAUUAGUUAAAUGAUGACAGGCUGUUUAACUUUAGAGGGGCUGGAAGGUAACUUUUUCUACAACCCGAAUAGUGAUAUUGAUGGAGGAGAUGGCCUCGGCUGUUGCUUUACCAUUUAGAUUAGGUAAUUUAAUAUGCGAUAACACAACUACAAGAACCCAUAUGGAUAUUACUAAGCUCAAGUUGAUGACAGACAAUACAGGUUUAUUGGCUGACUCUGUAACUAAAAGUCCUGCCGAGUGUACUUCGGGUAAGAGUGAGGUCAUCAUCUGUGAUGAUUCUGAGAUGGACUCUAAUUGCGUAGGGGUGUCUCUGCCUGCAGAAAGUAGUGCCGGACCUUCGGUAUCUGGAAAGGAAAAUGACCUGAUUUCUAAUGAUGCUGUAAUCCAGGAAAGCGAGGAAGAUGAUCUUUUAUCAGUGGAAGGUGAUAAUAUCCUAGAUAGCUCCUUUUCUUUCUCAGCGAUAAGCGAUUCUAGCAGCAUCGGCGCUGACGAAAUUUUAGCUUUUGAAGCUCUGUCUGAUAUGGGAAGACCAAGUACUUUAGUUGCCGAUAAAAAUGUCGGCGGUACUGUGGUUAUAACCAAGCCCGGAGGUUUCAUAGAGUCGGACGUCACAAUGGAUGUGAAGGAUUCACUUGCUGUCACUGUGGGUAUUGAAGAUAAUCUUGCCAAUGGGCCUGAUCACAAACCAGCUGCAGUUGUCCAGUUACCCCCAGAACAAGGAUCUGGUGGACCUGCUGUACGCAGUGUUUUUGAGAUUGAUUAUGUACCCCUCUGGGGAUUCACAUCUUUAUGUGGACGGAGACCAGAAAUGGAAGAUGCACUUGCAACCGUACCCAGGUUUAUGAAAAUUCCUAUUCAAAUGCUAAUCGGUGAUCGAGCACUUGAUGGAGUGACGAAAUGUUUAAGUCACUUGACAGCUCACUUCUUUGGAGUCUAUGAUGGUCAUGGUGGCUCUCAGGUUGCAAACUAUUGUCGGGAGCGAUUCCAUUCUGCUUUGGCUGAGGAGUUGGACCUUCUUAUGGCCAAAUUGAAGGAAGGAAGUACUAAUGAUGAUUGCCAAGAACAGUGGAGGAAAGCAUUUAGCAAUACUUUUCUCAAGGUUGAUGCUGAGAUUGGAGGAGAAGCUAAUGGUGCACCUGUUGCUCCUGAAACUGUUGGCUCUACUGCCGCUGUUGCUAUUGUUUGCUCCUCUCAUAUCAUUGUGGCUAAUUGUGGUGAUUCUAGAGUGGUCCUGUGCCGUGGAAAAGAACCCUUGGCACUGUCAGUGGAUCAUAAACCAAAUCGUGAAGACGAAUAUGCGAGGAUUGAAGCGGCUGGAGGCAAAGUCAUACAGUGGAAUGGCCAUCGUGUGUUUGGUGUUCUUGCAAUGUCAAGGUCCAUAGGUGAUAGGUAUCUAAAACCCUGGAUUAUACCUGAUCCUGAAGUCAUGUUUAUACCUCGAACCAGAGAUGAUGAAUGCCUCAUUCUUGCGAGCGAUGGUUUAUGGGAUGUUAUGAGCAAUGAGGAGGUUUGUGAAAUGGCUCGAAAACGGAUUCUCCUCUGGCAUAAAAAAAAUGGUGUCACACUUCCCAUGGAGAGGGGUGAAAUAAUUGAUCCUGCAGCUCAAGCAGCAGCGGAGUGCCUCUCGAAUCGUGCUCUUCAAAAGGGUAGCAAGGACAACAUAACUGUGAUCGUGGUGGAUUUGAAAGCGCAAAGAAAGUUUAAAAGCAAAUCAUAAGCACAGGUUCCUCAGGUUAUAGGUCUACAAUAUAAGAUUCUUAUAUGCUUAAAAAUAUAGUUAUCAGCCCAUCUGGUUUUUUCACCUGGGCUUUGGCUUACUAGUGCAGCAUUCCGUAAGUACCAUGCAAGAGAUGAAUCAUCCUGCGGAGUCAUUUUAGGUAAUGCCAUUGUAUAUGUUAUUAGCCGUUUGAAUUGAUAAAUAGGAUAGGAGCUUCCUUCCCUUGCUUCGUAGUAGGAAUGACAUUGUUUCCAAUUGUAUUUGCGUUGUUGCGCCUCCGAGUUAAAUGCUCUGUGAGGCAUUCUACAAUUUAUUAUUUUUGACAAUGUAGUAAUUGUAAAAGGAAUUAGCAAAUGUGGAAAAAUAGUAUUUUAUAUAUUAUUAAUCAGUGUUUGAUGUA